AUGCUUCGCCGCAAAGUUUCAUUCAUCACCUCAAAACCGCCAUUAAUCACCAUCACGACAACCAUCCGCCAAAAAUCAAGCGGCGGAAAAAGACCGAAGAAAAAAAUCUACCACCGAGUCCCCGAACUUGACAGAGUAAUGGAGCUUCGCAAGAAACCCACAACAAUCCUCGAACUCAAAACCCUAAUACAAUCCCAACCCAAAAGCAACCCUCUCUUCCUCCGUGACCUCGAGAAAAACGUCGGCUUUGUUCGCAAAUGGGACUUCAUGGCCCUCAUUGAAAAACACCCCACCAUUUUCCGCGUAACAGGAUCUCCCCCUUUCGUUCAUUUCACUGAUAAGGCCCAUCGAGUGGCCCAACAAGAAGCCCGGGCCCGAGAUUUUAUGGAGCCGCUUUUGGUUAAUAAUCUUAGGAAGAUGCUUAUGCUUUGUGUUGACAAUCGGAUUCCGCUUGAAACGGUUGAGUUUGUUGGGCCUGAGAUGGGCUUGCCUUGGGAUUUUAAAGGGUGUUUGAUUGAUAAGUAUCCUCAGUUCUUUUCUGUUAGGGCUUUUAAUGGAAGGGAUUUUCUUUAUUUGGAGGAUUGGGAUUCUACUUUGGCUGUUACUGCUAGAGAAGCUAGGUUGGCACAGGAAGGGAUUGUUGUGAACAUGAAACCAAACAUGGAUAAGAAGAAGUUUGAGCGGUGGCAGAAAUUGGAGUUUCCUUCUCCUUAUUUGAAUGCAAGAAGGUUUGACACCGCAGAUCCGAAAACUCGAAAACGGGCCUUGGGAGUGAUUCAUGAGCUCCUCAGCUUGACCAUGGAGAGGAGGAUGACAUCUGCCCAGCUAGACGCAUUUCAUGCAGAGUGUUUUUUGCCGUCGCAAUUGCUUCUUUGCUUAAUAAAACAUCACGGGAUAUUUUACCUCACUAAUAAAGGUGUAAGGAGUACGGUUUUUCUCAAAGACGGUUAUGUUGGUUCGAACUUGAUAGAUAAGUGUCCUUUAUUGCAAUUUAAUGAUAAAUUUGUGGCACUCUGUGGUAGAGGAAAUGUUGAUUUGAGCGACAUCAAGAGUUCUUUACAAGCUGUUGUUUAG